AUGGGCAAGUGAGUUGGAAUGAUACAAUUUUUUGGCGAAUCGUAGAUAGUGUUCUCAGAAAUUCAGUUACAUACUGCCUGAUUGCAAACAAACAUAUUCUGAGCUUUACAGUUGGCUGUAUAGAUUUAGUUCAGUUCCGAUUUAUCUACAUUAAAUAAAUUUCAAAUUUACCCCGUAGCAUGUGAAUGAUAACGCAUCUUGCACCUAAAAACAUCUGACCAAGUCACUGUUUAAACAAGUCCAUAUAUUGGCUGAAAUUUAUGUUGUUUUUGCUAUCAUUUCUGAAAACUGCACGUGUAGAUUCUGGGUAUUCAUGUGCAGUGAGGAGACUUAAAUCUUCAUCAUUACUUACGAAUAUCACUCGACACCUGAUGAGAAACCGUUGUGUUUAAAAAGUUUACGUCCAUUCGGAUCAAAAUCGUUAGUGUUGGGUUGCGAGGGAAGUGAUGUAAAUCACAUGUUCGGCCUCAAAUUUGGCUAUGUUUGCCACUAGGACGAUUCCCUGGUGGAUAUUUUAAUUUUCCAUUGAUUAACUUUGACCGACAUCCAAAUACUAGGGCUUAUAUCUUAGAAAUUUGCUUAAAUUUGCUGUCGAUUUUUACUGAUCAUGCAGCCAAAUCUCCGUUACAUUGAGAAGUGUAUCUCUCUUCUUCUAGCCUAAGGUUCGCUGAGGCUGCCAUUGCAAUUUUUUGUUCACGGUUUUCCAUUGAAAUAAUGUAUGAUAUGGACUGUGGUUCCGCCUACUUUGAUUUUUUCUAUUUAACAGAUUAGUAAUAAAGCGACAAGAUUGUGCAAUGUUCGUUUGUUCCUUUAGUUCAUUGCCAUACCACGGUUAGUCGAUUGUUAGGGCAGCUUAAUGCUUAUCAGAAAUCCGCAAUCCGAGAUAACAAUCCCGUUACCCCAGUAAAUUGUUUACGCAUGUUUGGUCUGCAACCCUGUCGUGGUCUCUUUCAUUUAUCAACAUUCCUAUAAACUUAUUACCUACUUACUUUCAGACACUCAAAAUGCUUCCAGAUGAUGAGAGACAUGUUCUGCAAGUUCCACUGUGACGUUAAUCAGAGUGAGACUGUCCAAGUACUCCGAACAAAUCGGCGCGGAGCGAUCACUGCCAUCCGCGUACAGAUCGAGCGUGCCUUUGCAAAGAAAAUGUUUGCCGAGUGUUCUGUAAGUUCCUUCAACUUUUCCAUGUCACGCAGUAGGGGACAACAUCAGAAUUAUCUACAGAUAAAUGAAUAGCAUCCGUGUAGUUUUUUGGGUUUACCUGAAGUUUUUUUCAGUUUCUCCAUGUCGUUUGUCACGCAGAUGCUUUGAAUCCACAGUCUGUCGUAGUAAAACGUUCAAAUUGUUGAUUUAAAACUGGCGUAGUGUUUUGGUCAGUUAUUCGUCCCAGACACUAGGGCACGAAUACGAAUGCCGCAUACGGAAGAGGUAACUGAGCCCCAGUCAUCGGAACUGAUCUAAUCUCUCCAUGUAUGUUUAACCAGAAUUAUGACGCACGACUUAAAGACUUCAGCGGGAAUACCGCCUGCCACCUGCAGUCGCAACUUCCAUAUCUGCAGAUGUACAGAUCUAGAAACCAAUAACUAUAUAGGAGAGAAACAUUUUGCAUUAAGGAGCUCAACAUUCUUUUUUAUGGUUCAAACUGACGAUUAACUUCGACAUUCGCACUAAUAAUUACACAGAUGUUCAACGGAUAAUCAUAUACGUAUGCAUACUUAUAUGUACAUAGAUGCAUUAUGCAGCGGCAGAAGCGUUAGAAGAACUUGUUGCUAGACAUUUAGUCAGGAGAACAAUACAACUACCAGUCAUAAAAAUGCAUACUACUAGUAGUUCUCCCUGUUUUCCAAAUGAACAUGAUGUGGGUAUUCCACAGUGCUUGACUGUCUUCAACCCAAACGUUCGUCGGCAUUUCGCGUCCGACUUUAAAAGGUUAUGUCACGAAUAUUUAAUUCCAUGCCCUGCACUUACUAACCUCUGAAUUUAUUACCUCGAUAUGUGCUUAUAUAUAUAAACAAAUAUGGUAGAGGGACGCACACCGAUCGCGAUACGGUACACACUAUCAAUGCAUGUAAGUAGAACAGCAGUAGACCCACUUUCUAUAGGUGUGAUUGGCCGAAAACCGAACAGGGCUUCUCAGUUUCGAAGGUCGCUCUGACACGAUGGGAGGACUACAUAGUGACUCAGAAUAUCAAAUUAACGACUGGAAGUAUGUAGCAGAGGUGCAGCAUUGUAGCUGGAACCACGGUAGAAUCGCUACAAUAAACACAUUCUUUAUUUUCGUUGAAUGAAGUCUCCUCGGCAGUAUUUAGCCUGGGUAUGACUAAUGACCUCCUGUUCUGCAUCCAAUUUUAGACAAUCUGGAUACUUUGGUUCCGUCUAGUGGAUAAAAUCUGUAUUCAACGGCCCUGUACCAUGGAGGAGUUCUUCCGCAGUCUUGGAGCAACAGAGAAGAUGGGAGGUUCCUCGCCCUACCUGAUUGACUUCCAAUUUAUCGACUAG